ACCGGUUGCCACGUCACAUUUCCGUACUAUCCCUUUUAAACUCGUCUCUCUCUUCGUUGAUUCGUCUUUCUUUCUAUCCUCUUUGUAUUUCUCCGGCACCGAUCGGAUUUGACCUCCGACGGUUCUUCCAAAAUCAAUCACGUAUUAUAUUUAUAUGAAUAAUUGAUCAACUGAUCAAGGUGAUCAGAUUAUGGAGGAUCAAAAUUACUUCGUUAAUCUGAUGGAUUUCAUCAAUAAACCGACUUUGGUUGAAACAUUUGUCGACAUUUUCUUUUGUGCGGUCCCGAUUUGGGUGGCGGUGAUGGUCGGGGUUGUGAUCGGAUGGGCCUGGACUCCACGGUGGACCAGCCUUGUGUUUUUAGGUUUCCGUUCGAAGUUGCGAGGGUUCGCUUGGACGGCUCCACCGGGGUUCGGUGCUCGCCGCCUUUGGCUAGCCUUCACUGCGCUCUCCGCGUUUUCCGUUGGUCGUCGGCUGUGGUCAAGCUUCAGGGAGAAGGAGCGGAAGGAUGACCAGUCGUCGCCGCGUGCGGUGGCGGGAGGUGAGUCGUUGCCGAACGCUCAAUACGUUGAUGGAAGUGGUGUCGACAUAAAAUGCAGCAUUGUAAAUUCAGGAGGAGAUCACGAUGUUGUUACAGAGAAGGAUCUAGAACAUUUGUUGCAUCUUCUUGAUGGAAAAGAUUUGGCUUGGCAAAGCAUGAUCGAAAGGUCCACAUCCAACAUGGCUUGUCAAGCUUGGCGCUAUGAACCCGAGACUGGGCCUGUUGUAUACCGAAGCAGAACUGUGUUUGAAGACGCAACACCAGAGUUAGUUAGAGAUUUCUUUUGGGACGAUGAAUUCCGCCCUAAGUGGGACCCAAUGCUCACUUACUUCAAGAUAUUAGAAGAGUGCCCUCAUACUGGCACAAUGAUUGUCCACUGGAUUAAAAAGUUUCCAUUUUUCUGCAGUGAUAGAGAAUACAUAAUUGGUCGAAGGAUAUGGGAAGAUGGAAAAACUUCCUACUGUGUUACAAAGGGAGUGCCAUAUCCUGCUCUGAGGAGGCGCGAUAAGCCAAGGCGUGUGGACCAUUACUUCUCAAGCUGGGUGAUCAGGCCUGUACAAUCGCGAAAAGGAGAUGGGGUACUUUCAGCAUGUGAAGUAAUCCUCUUACACUGUGAAGACAUGGGAAUCCCCCGAGACGUGGCCAAAUUAGGCGUCCGCCACGGAAUGUGGGGAACCGUGAAAAAGCUCCACGGCGGUUUCCGGGCAUACCAGACCGCCCGGAAACAAGACGAACCGCGUUCGAGAUGCGCGCUCAUGGCAACAAUCGCCACCAAGAUCACCUUUGAUGAGGCGGUGUCGGAGGAAAAGUCCGGUGGUGGUGAUGUGAACAUGGGUGGCGGCAAAGUGGGCGGAGAUGGUGGGGUUGACUGGAGGUGGGUGGCGGUUGGCGGUGCCGUGGCGGUGGUUUUGGGGAUUAGGAGUGGAUGUUUAGGGAGAGUGUUGUUGGUUGGUGCGGGUGCGGGCCAAAGAUUUGGCCGAAGAAGGUGAGGUUUGUUUUUUUUAUUAUGAGUUAUAAUAAGGGAAGUGUUUUUCUUUAUUUUCUUUAUGGUUUGAAUUUUUGUAUAGAUGUUAUUGAAUAUAAGAAAUGAUAUAUCUACCUAUAUAACUAUAUAACUAUACAAGUGCAUUUUAUUCCA